AUGGCACCCGCCCUCGGCCAAAUCUUCCCCCCAAAUCCUACCUUUGUCGAGAAAGACAUGCCCGACUUGACAGGAAAGGUAACCAUUGUCACUGGUGCAACGUCCGGAGUCGGUUUCAACACAGCAUCCAUCCUAUACUCCAAAAAUGCCACCGUAUACAUCGCAGCCCGGUCCGCCGACAAGGCCCGCACGGCCAUCAACGAGAUUCAGACCUCCGCGGAGGGCGCACAUAGCCGAGGUCGCCUCUCCUUCCUGCAACUAGAUUUGUCCAACCUAGCCAGCAUCAAAGAAAGCGCCAAUAAAUUUCUGGAGUUGGAAGACCGUCUUGAUAUAUUGAUUCAUAAUGCGGGAGUCAUGACUCCUCCGGCGGGGAGUAAGACGAUAACUGGGCACGAUCUUGAAAUGGGAACAAACUGCCUCGGGCCCUUCCUCUUCAACAAAUUCCUUCUUCCGCUUAUUCAACGCACCGCGGCCGCAGCUCCCGCGAGUAGCGUGCGCGUGGUGUGGUUGUCGUCCAUGAUAUCAUCGUUCACUGCGAAUGGGGGGAUCAUCUUCGAUGAAGAGACUGGUGCUCCUAAGGUCCUCUCUGACCCGAUGCAGAAUUAUAUGGAGAGUAAAGUGGGCAAUGUGUUCAUCGCUAAGGAGAUGGCGAAUCGGGAUGGUGGGGAAGGCAUACUUAGUUUGAGUGUACAUCCUGGCCUUAUGAAGACUGAGCUACAGAGACAUAGUUCUGCCAUUCAGGCUACGGUUAUGGGCUGGAUAUUCAAGGGUCCGCGGUACGGAGCGUACAGUGAGCUCUUUGCAGCGCUGUCUCCGGAAGUGACGCAAGAGAAGAACGGAGCGUAUAUAAUUCCCUGGGGGAGGUUCGGGCCUAUCCCUUGUCAUCUUCAGAAGGGGUUGGUGUCGAAGCGUGAUGGAGGGGCGGGAACGGCGGAGAGGUUCUGGGGGUGGUGUGAGAAGGAAACUGCUCCGUAUCUCUGA